GUAUAAAUAGGUCCAUUUACUCUGGGGUCAGGACAUCGCUUUUGUGGAGCCCCCUGCGAGCACUCAACUACUAUUCCUUGGGGCCGUCAGGUAAAUCAGCAUUGAGACACACACGAGCAUGGCUCUGAAUAAUCCCAACCCACUGGGACCAUGGAAGAUCACAGUUUAUGACCAGGAGAACUUCCAGGGGAAGCGUCUGGAGUUUACCUCAGCCUGUCAGAACAUCAUGGAGUGUGGUGUUGACAACAUCCGCUCCCUGAAGGUGGAGUGUGGAGCCUGGGCAGGAUAUGAACACUCCAGCUUCUGUGGACAACAGUUUGUGCUGGAGAGAGGAGAGUAUCCUCACUGGGAGUCAUGGAGCGGCAGCAACGCCUACCACAUUGAGAGGAUGAUGUCCUUCCGCCCCAUCUGCUCUGCUAACCACAAGGAGUCCAAGAUGGUGCUGUUUGAAAAAGAGAACUUCAUGGGGCGGCAGUGGGAGGUAAACGAUGACUACCCGUCUCUGCAGGCCAUGGGCUGGGGCAACAAUGAGAUCGGAUCCAUGCAAGUUCAGAGCGGCUCCUGGGUGUGCUAUCAGUUUCCAGGUUACCGUGGUUACCAGUAUAUCAUGGAGUGUGAUCGUCAUGGCGGCGAGUACAAACAUUACAGAGAGUGGGGCUCCCAUGCUCAGUCCUUCCAGGUGCAGUCGCUGCGUCGAAUCCAGCAAUGAGACCUGCAGCCUCCCUCUCCCAGCCUCUCACUCUUUACCUCCUCCACCUCCUCCUCCCCCUCCCCUCACCCAAUCAUUCCAGCACCCCGUUGUGCUUUAUCAUCAAGAUGUUCAUAGCACUUUUGUUUUGUUCUGUUGAGAAAUGAAAAUGAAGAGAAGUAAUAGAAAGAAUCAAUAAAAGAAAAAAAACAGUCACUGAAGAGAAGCCACUGACUGAUGCCCUGCUGAGGAGAGAGGAGGAGGACGCUGAAAGGCCUCAUGGUGGCAGCAGUGCAGUGAGUCACUCAGAGUCAGUGCUCAGCAUAUUUGUGGGUAAACAUGGUGCUGCCAGGAAGGAAUGGGCAACUAAAAAUAAACGAAAAUACAAGAGUCUGC